AGCUCUGAGCUCAGGGCGGCAAUGGCGGUUUCAUCUUCUCCGAUCCUCUCUCCAUUCCGAAUGAAGAUAACAGCUACGGAAUUUGUCUCACCUUCUUCCACUCUUCCUCGCAUCAAUUUCUGCAACAAUCGACGGCAAUCACCUGCCGUCGUCCUCGCUUCCAAGUCGGAGAAGGAGUCGUGGAGUGAGGCCAAGAGAGUGUUGAUGGAGCAGUACGGUUUCAACCCCGACGAAGCCUUAUCUCCUGAGCCCUCUCCAAACGGAAAGAGGAAGAAAAAGCUGAAAGAGUCUGGACGGGGCGUUGAAAUUACACCAAAGGAGCCUAAGGCCGCUCGAACAACCCAUAAGUUGCUUACUGUGCUUGGAGGAAAGGCGCGGAGAAUGAAGUUGCUAAGUCCAAAAGGUAUGGAUGUGCGCCCGAUGAUGGAGGUUGUGAAAGGUGCAGCCUUUGAUAUCCUGCAGGCUGCUGGUGGUUGUCCUGCAUCUUUGAGGCCUGGCCGUUGGUUAGACUUGUACAGUGGUACUGGAUCAGUUGGAAUUGAAGCUAUUAGCCGAGGAUGCUCCGAGGUACAUUUUGUUGAGAUGGAUCCAUGGGUCGUUUCAGAUGUUUUACGUCCAAAUUUGGAAUGGACUGGGUUUCUUGAUAUGUCAGUUAUACAUACUGUUCGUGUUGAAAAAUUCAUGGAACGUGCACAGAAACUUGCAGGUAAAGAACCAUUUGAUUACAUUAGCGUUACCCCACCGUAUAUGGAAGUUGACUAUGCAGUACUGAUGGAUCAAAUAUCAAGUUCAGAUCUAGUUGGAGAAGAUACCUUUAUAGUAGUUGAGUACCCACUAAGGACUGACAUGCUGGAUUCAUGUGGAUGCCUUGUGAAGAUAACCGAUCGACGGUUUGGCAGGACACACUUGGCUAUUUAUGGACCCAAGUGGGCCCAGAAGAAGAAGAAGAAAGAAAAGUCACUUCGAGGAGCAGCAGUAGAAAUUUGAAGGAAGUCUAUCUAUGGGAGGGGGAUCAUGGAAACUGAAAUCUGAAACUGUGAUGAUUUUUCAGAUGAUGCAAUUGCACAUUCUCUAAUGCCAUGUUGAGAAGGUCAAAGAUUUCGGUGAUAAAUUAUAGUUUCCUGGAUGAUCAACUACUGUUGAAAUUGAGUUAAACUUUAUUAUGUUAAAGCUGAGUUUUGUCAAGAAUAACUGUGAGAAACUAAUUGGGCUAAGUGGAAGUUGGGACCCAAAAAGGUAAAUUGCUGUUGUUGGAACCCAGUUAAUUAAUAAACUAUAGUCUCCACAUGUACUUAUUUAUGAAGAAAGAGUUGGGACCUUUUGGUGGACCGUAUAUUUCAUAUGAUUGAAAGAGUUGCCCCCACAUGUUGGUUUGAACCAUAGUUCUUUCAAUGGAGCCAUGGAUUAAGAAUUUGUUGAUGUAAUACAUAUCUCUAGCCUUGAAAGUAACAUGGAGAACUUUGAAAAUAAAGUAGUUAAAGCUAAUAAUUAAAUACUAUUAGUAACAUUACUGGUAGCAUUUCUUUAUCUGUCACUAAAUUUAUAUCGUCUGUCGGGCAAGCUGCCAAGCUUUAGUACACAUCAGUUUCUGUAAGUAGUGACCAUGGAUAUUUGUUCAAUCAUAUAUGGUAUAAUCGUCAGAUUUCGUAAAAACACCACCAGGUUUUUUUCAGGUUUCGAUGUUUCUGAUUCCUCGAUUAUUUGCGACACUUAGUGUUAUGUUUAAGGAUUUGUGUCUGGUCCCCCCACUUGGAUUGCAAUGGCACGUCCUUUAACUGUCACUCUCUGGUUGUAUUUCUUAUAAUGCUAUGGUUGUUGCCGACAUUGACGAGUCUGAUGGGUAAUCCCCUAUUAUACCCUUCUGGUGUUAUGAUUAAUAAGAAAGUAGAUUUUAGAGAUGUACUUGUGUUUGCCUCUCCAGUUUGUAUCUUUGUUACCGAACUUAGUAGAUUAAUUAUGUGCUCACAUCUCUUUAUUCAACUCUUAUUCCUCUGUAAGCUUUCAAAUUUUGCACAUCCACAUGCAUUUGAAUAAAACUAGUUCAAACUGUUACGAGAUCAUCCUUACUUGAAGACGCUUAAGGAGUAAGUAGCGUACACUUUUGUGAUACAUCGUUUAUCAUAUAUUCAUGUGACCGACUGAUGUCGAGUAGUGUUGCAACUGAUUAGGGGACAGAUAUACCUUAUAGUCCUCUAAUGAAUCGAUUGCAUUAAAGUAAUUGCAUACUUGAUGGCUUAAUUGGUAGUUCUAAAGCAUUUAGCUUCUUUUUGGUGGGACUUUUAAAACCUGUUUGGAAAUUUCACCUCAUUUUGAGGGCAUAUUUGGAAAAUUGUCUAGUCGACUAAGACUGGUACAUUAUCCAGUCCAGAAUACAUUGAUCUGAAACUUAGUGCCAAUCCAAUUUGCUAUUGUCUUUGUUUGAAUGAAAAGUAGCAUAUGACCUUACUUUUUAUUGUUAAUUAUUUCUACUUUAUUACAGACAAGCAUAUGUUGAGAUCCUUACGAAGCAAGGAAACUCUCAACCGUAGCCAAAGUUUUAGCCUGACGCAUUUCUGUUUAUUAGUAUUAUUAUUAUUAUUAUAAAUAUCAUUUAGUUUCUGUUGUUUGGGUGAAGUCGUUUAUAUAAUGUGGGUGAGGGCGUUAGGGUUUAGUUUAAUUCAGUUCAGAAAUCAGGGGGUAGCUUGUUCUCUGGAGCCAAGUAUUCAUCAUAGGUGGGGAGGGAGGAGCUCGUGUGAAGCUAGUGUAUAGGGUAGCUGACUCAAAGGUGUAUAACCAGCGUGGGGUUGAGUGGGACCAAAUACAGGGGGUCCCGCUCUGUUGUGGGGAGGGUCGGACAGGUUACGUGGUCCAGCAAUUGAAUCCUAGAAUUUUCCGGUAGGGAGGGGAACAAACAAACCAGUAAAGAGGGGGUUCCAACUUCCUCAGUCCCGAAUGUUAUAUGAUAGGGUAGCUCCAGGCUCUAUGUCUUUUAGAAACUUGGGAGUACGCAAGGAUUAGGAGGACAGUGAGGUCCCCUAUUAGCUGCAUGAAAAUACACAAACCAAAGCAGAGAAAGAGGGCAUAAAUGGACCCAUUCAACACAGAAAAGGAAUAAUGAACUUUUCUGUUUAUUAUUAUCCAUUUAUUCUCUCUCCCUCACUCACAGAAAUACCUCUCAUAGAGCACCUUCCUGUAUGAGCCUUUAAAUAGAACCAACAACUCUACCCGCCAAGUUAAAGAUCACCUAAUCAUUUGUUCAAUUCUGUUCUUCUUUUUGCUCUCUCUCUCUCUCUCUCUCUCUCUCUCUCUCUCUCUCUCUCUAUUUUCUGUUUGUGCUUGCUUUUCUGAGAGUUCAUCUUCGUACUCUCGCCACAAGCAUUGGUCUUUGGGUACAUUCUUUAUCGUGGUUUCAAAUGACCGGCCAUUAGGCUUGGUGGAAAAGCCAGUAGGAAAAACUUAAAGCCGGAGGGGGCUGAGGAGAGAUAUAUACAUGGCAAGUGGCAGGAAGGUUUUAAGAGCUAUGUUUGGAGCUCUUCUGCUUUUGGGUGUCUUCUGGUUUUUCCUUGCUGGAAUUCUUGUAAACCGCAGUGCUGAAAAACCAGCUGUUACAGUUUCAUCCACCGAAAUCUUCAAGCAUUGGAAGUUGAUUGGAAGAGAGAAGCAUGCUGUUGUCUGGGAUUCCACCUUUAUUUACGUGAGCAAAAGAAGAGUGCCAAAUGGACCCGAUCCCAUUCAUAACAGGAGAGUAGUGAAGACUAGACAACCACCUACGCGAGCCUAGACGUGCGGAGUUUUGAAGCAUCAGAACUUGGCAGCAGGCAUGUACAAUAAGUUAAUUAUAUAUCUGCAUUCUGCAUUUUUUACCCUUCAGUUAGUUAUCAUUUUCCCCGCCCGUAGGAAUUAGGACUUGUGGAGUGAUUAGUUACUAGAUUUUUUUGGAGAAGAAUAAGCUUAAGCUCACUAGUUUGAUCGAUUUCCAAGUUCCGAGCAUUGUUGCAGACUCACGGUAAAGCUGUUCGUGGGCAUGGAAAGAAGCCAAAGCUUUAUCUCAAACAAACUAUACACGUUCAAGAAUCUUGAGAAAGAUAGGAACAACUUUUGAAAUGUAUCUCGAUGGUAUUUGCUUAAAAUGUUUUGGAGACAAGUUUAUGGAGUGGAUUUUGCUUUUGUAUUGAAAAAAACAGACCAAGUAGAUAUACUAUAAGAAAAUCGGAA